GAUAGCAAGAGCUAAUUUACUAGCUAGCUACAUAUAGUGAUACCAUAGCACAAUAAAUUAACCAUUCCUUGUUAAAUCCUAACUAAGGGUGAGACAAUUUUUAUACGCAGCAUUAUCUUAUUUUUUGGAUUCAAAGUUGUGACCUUUCAGUGAAAUUUGAAGAUGGGUAGAGCCCCAUGUUGUGAAAAAGUGGGAUUGAAGAAGGGUCCUUGGACCCCAGAGGAAGAUCAAAUUCUCGUAUCUUAUAUCCAAAAACAUGGCCAUAGCAACUGGCGUGCACUCCCAAAGCAAGCUGGACUAUUAAGGUGUGGAAAAAGCUGCAGACUUCGCUGGAUUAACUAUUUAAGUCCUGAUAUCAAGAGAGGAAACUUCUCAAAUGCAGAAGAGGAAACUAUCAUUAAGAUGCAUGAGAUGAUCGGGAACAGGUGGUCAGCAAUAGCAGCAAAAUUACCAGGAAGAACUGACAAUGAAAUAAAAAAUGUGUGGCACACCCACUUGAAGAAGAGGGCAUUGAAAACCAACCAACACAAUUCAGAGAGAAAAAUAGUUUCAAAACCAAAAAUCAUGCAAUCUGAUUCCAAUUCCAGCACACCAACUCAAUCAGAACAUUCCAGUCUUUAUUGCACUGAAAUGGAGACUACAUCAGCAUGCACUUCUUCUAGUGAUUUUUCAUCACUCACCAAUAUUAGUGAAGGAAAACACAUGAACAAAAACACCAUCAUGAGUGAAGACAUAGAGUCUCUUGAGACAAUGCCUGAAAUUGAUGAAAGCUUUUGGUCAGAGACAACAACAAUGAAUGAUGAAAGAUCAACCAUGCCAUCACAUUCUUGGACAAUCUCAAAUGAACUAUCACCUCAAUAUCCAUUUCAUUCAGUGGAUACCUUCCAACAGAGUUAUGGUAAUAGUUCAAACUUUGAUGAUGGCAUGGAUUUUUGGUAUGACUUGUUCAUCAGAUCAGGGGAGUCAAUAGAAUUGCCAGAGUUCUAAAUUUUUUCAUGAACACAUUGAUGGUAUUAUUUAAUUGGGCACACAGUAAACUUUUUUCCUAAAUAAAAUAAAUAUCUUGUAUAGCGAAUUGAAUUUGACCAUUAUAACAAGUAAAGAGUUAGAAGCUGGGGGCAACGUUAUCUCAAGCUACAAGAGCCACAGUCAUUCAUUAAUUAACCAAAAAAAAAAAAAAAUUAGCUAGAUUGGUAAAGGGUUAUGGUGAUAUGAUAUUAUAAGCACUUAAGAGUUGUUGGUCUAGUAACGAUUCAGUUAGAUCUCAGGAUUUGACCUGUCGAAAAAGUAAUUAAUUCGAUUCUUAAGAAUCACAAUUUCUGGAAAGGGUGGAGAGGUUCAAACCUGAAACUGGAUUAGUCGGGUUUAUUAGGACUUCAGACACCGGUUGAUAUCUAUUCAAAAAAAAUUGUUUGUUUAUGUAUAAGUAAAACAUGAGGUUUGCUCAACAUUUUUUCUUGUUACAAGUUGUUUCAUUAUC